CCGUCAACUUCCUUGCGCGGUGGACACGUCAUUUCAUUCUAACAAGGAAAAGAGCACAAUUUAACUACAUCGGUUAGCUAAUUGUAAUCUAGCUAGCUAAACCAAAACGAAGUCAUGUCUAAUUCAGUUCUAUCGGUUGUCUCUCGGUUCUUGGAAGAGUACACCACGACCACGCCGACUAAGCUGAAAGUAGUAGAUUCAUAUCUCCUGUACAUCUUACUCACAGGAGCCUUGCAGUUCCUAUACUGUCUGCUUGUCGGGACCUUCCCAUUUAACAGCUUUUUGUCAGGCUUCAUAUCGUGCGUCGGAUCUUUCAUUCUCGCAGUAUGUCUGCGUAUCCAGAUCAACCCUCAGAACAAAGGUGACUUCCUGUCCGUCUCCCCAGAGAGGGCAUUCGCUGACUUCCUCUUUGCUCACACCGUGCUUCAUCUUGUUGUGAUGAAUUUCAUUGGUUGAUGAACCCUAGAAAACGAGUCCACCAGGCCCCAUUCAGCAGAUGAAAGUACAUUUCCAGAAGAUCACCAUUCAAGACAUUGGAGCUCCUCUUCAACUGUGCCAAUAAUUUGCUUAAUUGAUCCCACACCCACCCUGUAAUUAGAUGCAAAAGUGGCAGAAAGUGAACUACAAAUCUUUCCUACUGAUGUGUAGAGACGUUUUUUUUUUAUUAUUACUUUUUCCAAUCUGUUAUGCAUUCCCCUUUUGCACUUGAGACAGGCUCAAAUAAAAUAAACAGAAAAUUGUGUU